GUGCGUCGAAGCCAGCUCGAAUACGAUGGUGCUCGAAAUACGCGUUACCGAUCCGUCGGAAAAGUCGAUCACGCCGGAGCGGGUGAAACCGUUCACGGAGGAGCAGGAGGAUCGGCGUAACAACAAUCGCCACUCGCCCGGCCGCAUCGGGCGCGAUGAGCUCGAAGCGAUCAAGACCAACCUGCUCAACACGAACGAGGUAACGUUCAGCACCGUGCUCGAUACGGACCUCGGGCCGCCCGGUUCACCGCCGGGGCGCGGGGGCAAUUAUGGCAAAAACCUGAGCAUGGCACAGCUGAAGGUCCCGGGCGUCGGUGGUGAGCCCGCUGGCGAUGGUGGAGGCAAUGGUGGUGGUGAUGGCACGCGCCGCAUUCGACUGAUUUCCGAGCUGUCGGAGGCGGACUCGAUCCUGUCCUCGUACCACGAGGGCGGGUACAAGAAGAAACCGCCGAAAAUCCCGGACGGCGGGUACGGUUGGGUGAUCGUGUUUUCCUCCUUCAUGAUCUCGCUCAUCAUGGACGGCGUGUCGUUCUCGUUCGGGCUGAUCUACACCGAGCUGCUCGACUACUUCGGCGAGUCCAAGUCGAAGACGGCCUGGAUCGGGUCGCUCUUCAUCGCGGUACCGCUUCUGUCCGGGCCGAUCAUGUCGAACCUGGUGGAUCGGUACGGUUGCCGCAAGAUGACCAUGCUCGGUGGGUUCAUCGGGGGGAUGGGCUUCGUGCUCGCCUCCAUCUGCCAGUCGGUCGAGCAGCUGUACUUUACGUUCGGCAUCCUGUCCGGGGUGGGGCUCGGCUUCGGCUACGUGACGGUGGUCGUGUGCGUGGCCUUCUGGUUCGACAAGCGGCGCACCUUUGCGACCGGUAUCGGGGCGUCCGGCACGGGCAUCGGUACGUUCGUGUAUGCCCCGCUGACCCAGUGGUUGAUUAACAACUUUGGCUGGCGCGGAACGACGCUCAUACUGGCAGGCACGCUGUUUAACAUGGUGGCGAUGGGUGCGCUGAUGCGCGACCCCGAGUGGAUGAUCGAGGAAAGCCGGCUGGAGAGCAGGGCGCAGAGCAUCCAGACGUUCUCGAACUCGAGCGUAUACCUGGACGAGAUCAAGAAGCUGAUCGAGACGGGCAUCCCGAAGGAGCACGUGCUGGACACACUCGUGACGAACGUGAACACCGAGGCGAACCAGGCGAUACCGCCCGAGGACCCGGCGAUGACGAAGAAGUACUCGAGCGAGGUCGCACUGCCGACGUUCUUCAGCGAGCAGGAACAGCACGGUGCCGGCGGUGGUGGUGGUGGCCCACGUGCUGGAGGAGGUAAUUUGCACGCCAGCCAUCGAUCUCUGCGCCAUAACGUGCUCACGAAGGAGACGUUCAAGCGUAGCGGCCGGUUGGCCCAAGCGAAGGCACGGCUCGCCAGCACGGAAACGCUCAACUCGUACGAGAAGCUGUCCGACGAAGAGGAGCACGAGCACCACCCGGAUGGCGUUAGUCUUGGGAUUCACGCGUCGCUCAAGACGCUCAGCGUGGCCUCGCUGGAGGACGGCUAUCUGAGCGAGAAGCGGGCGCAGGAGCUGCACGUAAAGGCGGGCGGCAGCACGUGGUCGUUGGAUGAGGUCGCACUGGCCGGCUCGCUGGUCGUACCAUCACCGCACGGUGAUGCGGCAAGCGGUGGUGGCGUCGGUGGUGGUGGUGCUAGUAUUGGUGACGGUAGCCGGACGGAGAAAUGUCGCAGCUUCCGGGGCAACUCGCUCGAUGUGGUGUACGAAAAUGAAAUCUUCAACCCGAACGUCGACACCAACGUGACGCUCGUGGUGCCGAAGCAAACCAAAUGCCUGCACCAGCGGGCGGUGGCACCACGGGGCGGCGGACUGAAGAAGCAAACUUCGCUCGGCCGGCAGCAUUCGAUGCGGUACUCGAACUUUUACAAGGACAUGCGGCUGCACCGGAACUCGAUCCACUAUCGCGGUGCGCUGCUCAACACGCACCGGUACCGGUUGAAGGCGUCCUCCUGUCCGAACAUCUAUCGCAACUCGAUGACAACGAUCGCCAAGGAGCAAGAUGAGCCAUGGUAUGGAAGUUUCAUCGACACGCUGAAAUCGAUUUUCGACUUUUCGCUCUUUUUCGAGUUCCGCUUCGGCAUGCUGUCCAUCUCGACGUUGCUGCUGUUCGUAUGGUACAUCAUUCCGUAUUUCUACAUCCCCGAGUACGUGCUGAAUUACAAGUACAGCGAGCAGGACGGUGCGAACCUAAUUUCGCUGAUCGGCAUCACCAACACGAUCGGCAUGGUCGGGCUCGGCUGGCUCGGCGAUCAGCCCUGGGUAGAUGUCGGCAAAACGUACGGCGUCUGUUUGGCAUUUUGCGGUGCAUCGAUCUUCGUCAUGCCGUGGCUCAUCUGGAGCUACCCGGCCAUGGUGGUCCUGUGCAUCAUCUUCGGCUUCACCUUCGCCAGCACGUUCUCCUUCACGCCGAUCAUAAUGGUGCGGUUGGUCAGCUUGGACGAUUUUACCGUCGCCUACGGUCUGGUGCUGUUGGUGCAGGGCAUUGGCAGCUUGAUCGGACCUCCGAUUGCCGGCUUCCUGUACGACGUUACGAACCGGUGGGACGAUUCGUUCUAUGCGGCCGGCUUCUUCAUCUUCCUGUCCGGCGUGUGCGCUUGGCUGAUCGGUUCGCUGGAACAGACGGCCGACAACGAGGAGGAGCAGGACGAUGGCGAGAAGGAAAGUGAAGCCCUUAGCUCAACGGUCACGGCCUAAGGCCGGUUGCUAGGUAGACAGAAGGGGGCUGUGCGUAACUGUGGUGCCUUUUGUACUUAUAUUCAACGAGCCGGUGUGUGUGUCCGUCGGUGUUUAGUUUGUUUGUUGGAGGUUCUAAGCGAUAGCAAUGAUAGCUUUUCCUUUCAUAUCACGUGUGUUCACAGCAAGCCUUACCGGUUAGGAAUUUCUAAUACAACCUCACAAGGGGGGAAACAAUCAUUUCCCCGUACCUACCGACUCCUCAAAACUCAAACGCGAAGGACAUCACCUACCUCAGAGCAUACAGUUUUGCAAUGCAAACGAUGUGUUUGUUGAAGUAUUCGUAGUCAAAAAAGGUUGAGUGUUUACUCGUUUUCUUUGUGUUCGGCUUUUGACGUCAUUAGAGAAAAGUUUCCAUAUCUAGCUUAGAAAAAAGGAAGUAAGAAACAGCUACAACAAGCGCUUUCCGUAGUUCAAACGAACGUCAAUCGAAGAUGCUGCCUUAUCGAACGGUGAAAUGAUGCCCUGAAAUGAGGGAAGAGAACAAAAGAGCGUUGGGUGGGAAUGAAUCGUGAUAGGAGGAUUAGUCUGGUAGGAAACGGAACAGGGAAAUCAAAGGAGAAGGAAGCUUAAGACACUAUUCUCCCCUUUGGGUCGUGCUGUAAUCUGUUAUCGAUAAGACAAAUAUGCAAUCUGGUAGGAAGAAAGAAUUGGACGAGAUCGAAUGUUAUUAGGCCAUGCUUUCGCGCUUUUACGCGCCAACCCAAUGCUGCACCCAGCAAUGCGCCGGUUUAAACGUGUAGUUAGAACGAUUCUUUGCAUCCCACUCUAAGUAGGAGAACGUGAUCUUGGAGGAGCUUUUCUUCGGCGGUUAGAACAUUUGAACAAAAAAACUAUCCCACUUUCCCCCCACCCGCUUCACCAGGGACCACACCAUCAUCAUCAGGCUGCCAGUAGUAGAAGGACACCUUUUCGAAAAAGGGAUGUAAGCGAACAUAUAUUUAACUCCACAGAGUGUGUGUGCGUAGUGUACUUUUGCGUAGUGUUUAGGCAAAUCCGCCAAUUAAGGUUUUAUUAGUUACGAACACACUUAAAGGAAAGCAAACACAGGGCUCUUGUGAUUACAAAAGUACUUUGCAGGGACAGCAGGUUCUUUUUUAUCAUUUCUUUCACUCCCUUCAUCCCCCCCACUCUCUCUCUCUCUACGUAUAUAAACGCUUAGGAAUUUAGGAAACUUAGGAAACAGUUUAGGAAACAUGUUAGUAAAAUCUUCCGUGCACCGGAGCGUGAUAGAAGUGUAGUGUUAGGGAGGGGAUAUUAGAGUGUGGUAGGAUCGUUUUUAAUUUUUAGCAUCCGUACUUACGUGUAAGAUGUACUUUUUUUUAAUUUUUGCUAGUUAGAAUAAAAUUCCCCAAUUCCCCCAAUCA